AUGGCGCUGACCCGCAACAAUGACGUGCCGCCAGGAAGGUCGAACGUUGAUAAAUUCAGCCCUGUGUACGAGGGUCCUUUUGAGGUGAAGCGGAUCAACGAGAUCGCAGUGACGUACGAGCUGCUCCAUGUGAAUACCGCUACCGUUGCAACGAACGAGAGCGAGGUCGGCCCUCCAGCGCCCGAAGCAGCGCGUCUGCGGUUGCCUACAACGUCGCAAGUAGAUGGCAUGCAUUUGGGGUACCUCAUCGACACACCAUCUUGCAGAAUGCCUGACUACGAUCCUUAUGACGUCAGCAUCAAGAAAUUCAUCAAAAAGCCCUUCAAGGUUAUUAAUGGCACUUACGAUGUGACGCUCGACUCGCUGUCGUGCUGUGUUCACGAGGUCACCAGGACCACGCAAUCCUUCAAAAAGUUCGAUGCGAACUGUGAUAACAAAUACAAAACGAGCAAGUGUCAUCUGAUCGUCAACGGCACUUCUGCAGAAGUCACAACAGACGGAGCUUUUGUCGUCUGCUCAAAAAACAACUCGAAAUCUAAGCCAUUCUACAAGAACGUCCACUAUUUCUUCCACACGGAAAAAAUACGCGACAAAAUUGCCACUCACAAAGAGCGUUUAGAGUCCAGUGAAGCUCUUCCUUUAAACUUCAUCCUAAUGGGGAUCGAUUCGACUUUUCGACAAAAUUUGCGCAGAUAUUUUCCGGAAACAUUCAAAUUUCUUUCGGACGAUCCUAGCACCUUAGACUUCAUGGGCUACAACAAGGUGGCAGACAAUACUGAUGUGAAUGUUUCACCCGUCAUCAUGGGCAAUCGCGCAGAAGACCUAAUGAGCUUCAAAUUGGACUGCUACAAGAAACAAAAAGCUAACUUCGACAGUUGUCCUUUCAUUUGGAAGAACUUCUCCGCUCAAGGCUACGCAACUGUGUACUCCGAAGACGCACCCAGUAUGGGACUCUACCACUUCAAUAAAAUCGGAUUUGUUCAACCACCUGUUGAUUUCUAUGCUCGGCCAUACAUGUUGCUCUCUGAAAAAGAGAUCGGCCAUCCUAAAGACGUGAACCACUACUGCUAUGGUCUUCAGGCCAGUACGGAGGUAGUUUACGAUCAAAUUAUGAGGGCUCUCGAUAACCUAUCCGAUGAUGUGCCUGUGUUUGGAUACUUCUGGAGCGCCACUUACACACACGGCAGUAAUCAGAACGCAGCCCCUCUAGACAAACCAACGCUACGUUUCCUAGAAAAGUUUACACAAUCAUCUCAUCGUAAUGACACCAUUCUCCUCUUCUUCAGUGACCACGGCCUUAGAUUUGGCGACAUACGAUCUACCUACCUCGGUGCCUUGGAAGAAAGGUUACCGUUCGUAACUAUGCUAUUUCCUCCAUGGUUUAAAGAUGAGUUUCCGGAAACAUGGCGUAACUUACUAACCAACCAACGACGCUUGACGAACAACUACGACCUCCAUAGCACCCUUCUCGACAUAUUACACGGGGCCUAUAAUGCCUCAUUAGACCUUAAAACACCUGCUGGACGGGGACAAAGCCUAUUUCUGGAGGUUCCAACGAACAGGACGUGCGAAUCAAUUCAUAUUCCAUGGCAUUACUGCGCCUGUCAAUCUUCCUUACCUGCGAACAUUCAUAGUUCGGAGGUCAAGCAAGCGGCACAAGUUCUCACGCAAGCCAUAAAUAAGCUUAUUGAAGAACAUCCCGAGUGUUCUAGGUUGGAAAUCAAGGAAAUCAUUAGUGCUCGAGAGUAUCUGAAUCACGAAAAAUUUGGCGAAGGAACCGUCAAGAAAAAACUAGAUAAGUGGACGACGUAUUCCGUGAUGAUCGAAACCACGCCAGGAGGCGGCCAUUUCGAAGGAUCUGUCGUCAAGGGACACAACAAGUCUUGGAAAGUUCUAGAAGACAUUUCACGGAUAAAUCUGUACGGAAACCAAAACACUUGUAUUGAAGACACGGAACUGAAGAAAAUAUGUCACUGUAGAUAACAAAAAAUGAUUACCAUCGCCCUACCCUAUCAUAAUAACAUACUCUCUACUUUGUAAUGUCUAUUCCAUGCCUGAGAAGCGUCAUGGGCGCCAGCAAUGUUAGAAUUGAGUCUAUCUGUCAUGUGUAUAAUCUACUAUAUAAGUGCUUGAAGAAUAGGAGUAAAAUGGGUUCCAUCAAUAAUAGAAAUUUUGAGCCUAGAAGACAAAGCCGUUUCCUUAUGCCAAUGAUUUUUAAACUGGUACGCAUCCCAUUAGUGGCAGGUAAAUACUUUCGGCACCACGAAUAAUUUAAAGCUGUGUCAGUUUUACUUCAAAAAAUGGUUAGGCUUAGCGCAACGAGUUCCAACUAACAGUUGCCACACGCUACCUACAUGCUCUCAGCGGGACUCGAAGUUAAAUUCAAGCAUAAAAUUUUUUCAAACUUAGCGCCUUGUGUGAAAUGAAAUGCAACUAAUACUACAUUUUGGAGAGUAAUAUGUAUAUUUGGUGGUACGUAACUACUGCACGAAACUUGCAUGUGCUACUACACGUUUGAUCGAGAAAGCCAGAUCUAUACUCUCUUCCGCGACUGAGAUAAGGCGUAGAUUCCUGCAAUGUCACAACGAAUCUAUCUCCAAUUGACAUAGUCUAUCCACUCAGUGUGGGUGUGAUGUCACUGAUGUGUGUUCCGAGACUAAUUCCUUUAUUUCAUCACUCGUAAUAUUUCGUGUCGUUUUACGAGUAGCAGCGUGAUUAUCCUGAGUUUUCUAACAAACAUCUACCUGUGUAAUGAACGCAGGAAAUCCUUUUUUCAUUUUUACGAUAGCAUUUUCUCCAAUUAAUGUCUGAUCCAAGAACAUAGACGAAUUUUCAUAAAGCCUCAGAGCAACGAAUGCGUAGCUCAGCUGAAGGAUUCGUGCACUAUAAUGUAUAAUUGUAUAUUGAGUAAUGAAUGUAUUGAAUGCUAUGUCAUAGAUCCGGAGAAUGGGCCACGUAGCAGGAAUUACGAUUUCUGUACCGUCUUGAUUCGUGUGAAGCUUUGACUUUCAUGUGUGUGUUCAACUGUGAACGCUGAUAUUCAUAAAUGAUGCACGAGG